CUUAUUACUUUUUAUAAGGUGUUCUGAUACAGACUUAACGUGAUUGGUGAGUAGGAAUGACACCUCUCUAAUUCCAUUGGUUAAACCGGAGAAACAGCUAAAAUAUUUUCUUUUAGAAGUAGAAAGGCAAAACACCACCUGGAGAAAGCUUGUUUUGAGAAAGGACAGUUGUUUGCCGAGAUUGUUUUGAGAAAAAGAUUUUUCUGGAGAAAUUUUCCAUUGGGAAAAAAAAAAGUUAGCAGCUGCUGGCAGGCUAAAAUCUCAGAAAUAUCAGACCCACAGUUUUGGGGCUGGUGGGUGCCAGCCUGGGUGCCACAGGGGUGACUUUCGAGGGGGACACUUGGCUGUGGCUUCAUCCUGGUUUGCCAGGCUCCAAGAAAAGCGGGAAGACCCCUCUGGAAUGAAUUCCCAAGGGAAGAGCUGCUCCUGAACGCUUCCAGCAGCGUCUCGGCUGUGCGGAUGCAGCUGUGCCGGGAUCGGAGCUCUCACUUGGGGCAAUAAGAGGAUGCUCGGGUCAACUGCAUUUCCCUGAAAUUUAUAAUUUUCUCACCUACUCCGGCGUCCCGAUGGCUCCCGGCAGAGUCAUCAGAGGGCGGCUGGGGGGCGACCACACCCCGAGGGAGCUUUCAGGUGAAUCUCUGGGACAGUCACCAGCACCUGCCUGUGUCCCAGGCCAGCCUCUGGGACAGGGAACUGCCACCACUGUGGUGAUGUCGUUUGUGGCUGGCAUUUAUCCCGGGAUCUGAGGGGAUCACCUGGGCGAACGCAGCAUCUCUUGAGGGUUGAUGUAGGGAGUCACCAGGGGAGUAAAAAUUGGAUUAGGAGCCCCCAGAAGGAUCUUUUUGAGCCCUGCACAAGAGCUCUGUGUUUCAGGCACUCAGCUCAGCGCUCUCCCUUUCUCUGCAGCCACCAGGAUGGCCGAGGUGACCACUGCCCCCGUGGAGACCCACAGUGUCCCCAGCGAGUACGGGGACUACCACAACUGGUCCGAGCUGUUCUACCUCCUGAACCACACCUACACCUACUGCGAGUUCAGCCUGGACGAGAACGUCAAGCGGGUGUUUCUCUUCAUCCUCUACCUGGUCAUCUUCGUGGUGGGCUUGGUGGAGAACCUCCUGGUCAUCUGGGUCAACUGGCAGACGCGGGGCCACAAGAGCUUGGUCAACCUCUACAUCCUCAACAUGGCCAUCGCCGACCUCGGGGUGCUGCUCUCGCUGCCCGUCUGGAUGCUGGAGGUGAUGCUGGAUUACACCUGGCUCUGGGGCAGCUUCCUCUGCCGCUUCACCCACUACUUCUACUUCGCCAACAUGUACGCCAGCAUCUUCUUCCUCACCUGCCUGAGCGUGGAUCGCUACGUGACCCUGACCAGCUCCUCCCUCUUCUGGCAGCGGCACCAGCACCGCGCUCGCCGCGCCGUCUGCGCCUGCAGCUGGCUGCUGGCCGCCGCCAUCCCCGUGCUGGAGGUGGCUCACAUGCAACUGGUCAACACUGGGGAGCCCCUCUGCAUUUUCAUGGCCCCUUUUGAGACUUACGACGAGUGGGCUCUGGCGGUCAGCCUGGCCACCACCACCGUGGGCUUCCUCAUCCCCUUCCCGGUCAUCGCGGUGUUCAACGUGCUGACGGCGCGGUUCGUGCGGCGCGCCAAGCCGGAGAGCCGCAAGCACUGCCUGCUCAUCUACGCCUACGUCGGGGUUUUCCUGCUCAGCUGGCUGCCCUUCCACGUGGUGCUGACGCUGCUCACCCUGGAGGGCAACCACAUCAUCCUGCACUGCACCUUCGCCCACCUCCUCUACUUCUUCUACGAUAUCAUCGACUGCUUCACGCUGCUGCACUGCGUCGUCAACCCCAUCCUCUACAACUUCCUCAGCAAGAGCUUCCGCAGCAAACUCAUCUCUGCCGUGGUCAAGUACAUCCCGAAGGAGCAGAAGGGCGCUGGGAAUUCCUCCUCCAGCACGCAGCACUCCAUAGUCAUCGCCAAGGACAACAGCCCUGCAGUCUAAGGGGGUUGGACUCUCCCAGUCUCCGUCGUGGUGGCUCCCUGGGGACAGUGGGACUGUUUUUUUCCUCUUGCUGAGGGCACAGUUUGCUUGGGCACAGCCGUUUUUGGCUGGGCACCUCCCGUGGCAGGUUUGAGGAGAGCUGGGAGUUAUGCACAUCUUGCCUCUGUGUCCAACAUAAAGAAAGGAGAAGAGAAAAUUUUAUUCCCUGUUUGAUGAGUGAAACCCUGGCAAUAAUAAAGGCUGUUACUGCACUCAGUGUCUGACACAACCCAGCCCCGAGAGCAGAUCCCCAUCCUGCCCCAAGCUGUGGGGUUGGAGGGCACCAUCUGCCCCUCACGGCUGUUCCUGCAUCCCCAAACUGUCCCCGAGCACGGCACUGCCUGGUGAGAGCCAUCCUGAACUGGAGAGGAGGAAUCCUCCCUCUGGAAUGGAACAAACCUCCCCUCUCCGUGUCCAGAACCUGAUUUUUGAUUUUUGAGAGAUGAAGGUGAAGCGGCCCAAAGGGCUGAGCAGGGCACAGACCUGAGGGGAGGAACAAUUUGGAUUUGAGAUCAGCCUCUCCUUCAGAGCAAUUUUGCAAACCAGUGGUAAAUUAGCGAUGACUAAACUGGGUUUGACCGGGAAAGGCAGCUCCAGACAGACUUUGGAUCCCCCAUUAACUCCAGCCUCCUCUGGAGCAUCCCCUGGCAGGUUUUUAUUUUUAUGGGUGCAUUUCUCAACUCCACCAGGGUCCAACAACCCUUCCCCUUCCUCCAAAGUCCCUGUGGGAGCAGAGGCACGUGGAGAAAACCUCGGAGCUGGAGCACGGGCUGGGCUGGUGCUGAGUGAGGAACUGAAGCAUCCGGAGAAAGUUCAUCCUUGUCUGGAUCUUUAUCUCAUCACGUGCUGCAGGUCGAGCCCUCAGCAGGGGAAGGUGACAGAGCCCAUAAAUCUCCCAAAGGCCUUGAGCUGCUCGAGGAAGACAUCGUGAAAAAAACAAAGCAUAAGCAGUUCUGGGGACAGGAUGCUGGCACAGGGGGUGGGAGCAGGAUGUCCCGGGAGAAGCCCAGGACCAGGGGUUGAGGAGGAUGCGGGGUUAUCGUGGGGCUGGCUGGGAAAACCCUGCCAGUUCCAGGGGUCCUGGAUGGGGUAAAACCCUAAAUACCUCAGGGUUCCUUCUGCAGGGGUGUUCCUCUGUACUGAGCACAGAGGGGACAAUCCAAAUCCAUCUUAGAAACUCUGGCAAGGCUCCAGCCCCCUCCUCAAAAUUCCCCGUUCAGGGCAGCAGCUCAGGACAUUCCCCUUCCUCUGCUCCUCCCAGCUCUGAGUGCAGAACCCCAGGGGCUGUGAGACCCCCGAGCUGAAAUCUGCACCCAAAGGACCCCACCACCUUCAAUCGCUGAUCCCAAACCCUCCCUGAGCUUCCCUUUGCUAAUUCCCUCCCGUUUCCAACGAAGAAAUGGAUGAUAAACACACAACCAGCCACUCACUGGGGCAAAAAUAUAUUCAAGAUACUUAAGCAUGUAAAAUUCGGUAUUUCACCUAAUAAACUUAAUUUUUAACUGUCUUCAUUUCUUUGUACUUUUGUCCGUAGACCUUAGGGCCAG